CAGCCUCCUGAACGCUUCUGAAGCCACCCUGAUGCGUGUCACGCGUGGGAAUGAGGAAGGCGUGGUCAGGAAUGAAAGUUCCAGCGGAGGCUCUCAGUCUGUCUGYGGGAACCAGGCACGGAGCUGCGCGCGCCGGACCGGACCAGCUUGGAUCAGAAGCGCACCGGAGCUGCGCGUCAAUUGGAUCUUUUUUUAUUUUAUUUUAUUAAUUUCUUUUCUUCUCACUGAUCGAUUCCCUGCGCGCGACGUGUCGGAUGUUGGAUGCAGUUGUUCCGCGCGUAAAGGAUCCAGCACGUGUGACGGACUAACCCCCACACACCAUGGACGCUCUGGGCAGCCGCUGUAAGAUCGUGGUGGUCGGGGACACGCAGUGUGGGAAGACGGCGCUCCUGCACGUUUUCGCCAAGGACUGCUAUCCGGAGAACUAUGUGCCCACAGUGUUUGAAAACUACACAGCCAGCUUUGAGAUAGACAAACAUCGGAUUGAGCUGAACAUGUGGGACACUUCAGGUUCUUCUUAUUACGACAACGUGAGGCCGCUGGCGUAUCCCGACUCCGACGCUGUUCUCAUCUGUUUCGACAUCAGCCGGCCCGAGACGUUGGACAGCGUCAUCAAGAAGUGGCAGGGAGAGACGCAGGAGUUUUGUCCCAAUGCCAAAGUGGUUCUGGUGGGCUGUAAGCUGGACAUGAGGACAGAUGUCAACACCCUGAGGGAACUGUCCAAGCAGAGACUAAUCCCCGUCACUCAUGAGCAGGGCAGCACCAUCGGCCGACAGAUCGGGGCGGUGGCCUACGUCGAGUGCACCUCCAAGGUUUCGGAGAACAGCGUCCGGGACGUGUUCCACGUCACCACGGUGGCGUCGGUGCGGCGGCCGCACAAACCGCAGCUGAAGCGCAGCAGCUCCCGCAGAGGUCUGAAGCGGGUGUCGCAGCUCCCCCUGCCGCCUCUGCCGGGUCGGACUGAGCAAAUGGACCAAGCCCCGGCCAUCAGGAAGGACCGGGCCAAGAGCUGUACGCUCAUGUAGAAACCCAGAUAUGCAGUAUUUAUGUACAUACGCCAAUUAGAAGUAUAUAAAAGAGAAGUAUAUUUAUUAUUUGAUGUUUCCUUUUUUUUUCGUGCAUCUUUAAUUCUUUUUGCACUGAGUGAGAGCAGAGGAUUGCUGCACCGUGGAGACAAAUUGUUUGGCUKUAUGCAUUCUUUUAUAAGCAGUUUGCUUGUUUGUGUUUUCGAAAYGACGACUCGCCCUCUGGACACGCGGAAGCGCGGCCCGCGGUCCGGCGGAAUUAAAGUGAAAUUAAUUUCCUGAAAGAGCGAGGCGAUGCCGAGCAGGCAUCAGCGCUGCUCGUUAGGCUCCUUCCUGCCGCCAUAUUUCGGAGGAAAACGGGUUCGUGUGCGGCUGCUGGAGAGGGACGCUGGCGUUUUGUGUGGACGAUGUCGAGGAAGUGAAACGAGCACUACCACCACAAGUGCAUUUUUACAGUAAAUAAAAUGUAUUUUCCCUGUUUAACACGAUUUUUUGUUCGUUUUCCAGUUUGCAGAACAAUGCUGUUGUUAUUUUAAACAUGUUUUCUUUGUGGAGUUUUAAAAUUGUAAGGAUUAGGGCUAUUUUGUUGUGUUGUCACUUAACUCAAAAAUAAAAAAAAAAGCUUGACUCCA